UUCUUCUAUUUUUUUCUCCCACCCGUCUCCCUCUCUCUCCUCCCGUGUCCUUCUCUCCAGGAUGGCGGAAGCAGAGUUGCACAAGGAAAGGCUCCAAGCCAUAGCAGAGAAAAGGAAAAGGCAGACAGAAAUAGAAGGCAAGAGACAACAGCUUGAGGACCAGAUACUUCAGCUGCAGCAUUUCAAGUCAAAAGCUCUUCGGGAAAAAUGGCUGCUACAGGGAAUUCCUGCUGGCUCUGCAGAAGAGGAAGAAGCCAGAAGGAGGCAGUCAGAAGAGGAUGAGCUGAAGGUGAAAAAGCUGGAAGAAAACAUACACAGGCUGGAACAAGAAAUACAGAAAUUAGAAAGUGAGGAGUCCCAAAUAUCUGCCAAAGAACAAGUAAUUUUGGAGAAACUAAAGGAGACUGAGAAAUCCUUCGACAACUUGCAAAAGAGUUUCUCCCACCAGGAUGGUGAUGCAGUAAAUUACAUUUACUCCCAGAUCCCUGAACUCCCAACCCUCUAUUCACGAACAGGAGAGCCAGUUCCUGGGUGGGACGGAGCAAGCAGAGUAGCUGCUUUGUGCACCAUGGAAAUUAAUGUGGAGAAAGACAAACAGACAGGAGAGACCAAGAUUGUCUCUGCUUCACCUGUUGGCCCAGAUGAGGCCCAUCAAAGAGGAUUCAAAGUCUAUGAUGAUGGUUCCAAGGUAGUCUAUGAGGUUCACUCUGGUGGCACAGUGGUAGAAAAUGGAGUACAUAAAUUAAGCUCAAAGGACGUAGAUGAACUUAUGCAAAAAGCUGGACAAUCAAGUGUAAAAGGAGGGUAUGAAACAAUGACUGUGUCAGACAGAAAUGUGGUAGCCGAUGGAAGCCUUAGCCAUAUGAAGGAGCAAAUGCUCUUCAAGGAGGCAAAGCUGGAAAUGGUACACAAAUCCAUCAAAGGAAAUGCUGUGAACCCUCAGCCCCAAGAUAAACCCUGUGGUGGUGAAACCCUGGAGGUCAGUGCAGAUCAGCCAGUGACAAUGAUAUUUAUGGGCUACCAGAACAUCGAUGAUGAAGAGGAGACAAAGAAAGUGCUGGGCUAUGAUGAGACCAUCAAGGCAGAGCUUGUGCUGAUUGAUGAGGACGACGAGAAGUCAUUGCGGGAGAAGACAGUGACAGACGUUUCCACCAUGGACGGGAACGCCGCUGAGCUGGUCUCUGGCAGGCCCCUGUCAGAUACAACAGAGCCCUCCUCUCCUGAGGGGAAGGAAGAGAGCCUGCCCUUGGAAGCUGCCCCAGGUACACAAAAGAAAAAGCGCUGUCAAUGCUGUAUUGUCAUGUGAACACCUCCUCCUUCCCUGCUCCAGGCAGCUCCUGCUCCAUCACUUACCUAGACCUCACUGUACUUCUAACUGCAAUACUGUGAACUGGAAGUGAAUGCCUCCAUUGCCUUGCAGUUGGGUUGCUUUGCUUUCUAGUUCUUCAGGAAGAGGAACGCCUGGUUAUUUUCCCAUCAGACAUACUAUUUGGAGUUUGGGGAGGGGUUGGGGGUUUUCUGCUUCUUUUUUUUGUUGUUGUUGUUGUUAUUGUUGGGGUUUUUUUCCUUAAUAUUACAGAGUGAGAGAUUAAUGGGAAAUGGAACAUAUGUUUUCAUAUUUAUUUGAUUUUUAUAUAUAUUUUAUAUAUAUAAUGAAAACACUUUUAACUUUUUUUUUCUUUGAAUAUCUGACAGGCUUGAUCAGAUUCCUAGGAUUUUGUGGGAGUCUGAGUUUCACAGCCACCAGAUAUGAGAGCCUUAAAAAAAUGUUACUUCUCUUUUUAAAGAAAAAUCACAUUUAAACAUUAUUUUAUAUAUUAUAUUUUUUAUUUCUUGGGUGAAGGCUCAGAUCGUUUUACUGUUUAAUUUGCUAAAACUCAGACACGUCUUUCCCAAAAAAUUUGCAUAGUUUCAUUUUAUAGUAACUUUCCAGUUUAGUUUGCAGUGUCAGAAAAACCCAUCAGCCAUUUCUGCUUAUUGGUGAUACCAGAAGUGGACCUUAAUCAUUCUUUCUAGAAAAUGUAUGAAUGAUGAUUUUGCCUUAUAUAAAUCUUCCAGAUUACAGUAUUGUAUAUGCACUUCAUCUGCCAAAAUUACAGUUGAAAUUAACUUGACAUGAAAAAGAUGAAGCUGUCACACCAACAGAAAUGGAGUCACUGAUCUAAUUACUUGCCUUUCAGUAACUCUGCCAAUGUUUAUAUGUGAAGUUUUCUUGCUGAACUCCAACAGAUGAGAGAUAUUGCUUUCUAUUUCCCUAGAAUAUAAAUGGACUUCUCUCACAGUCUGACCCUAUUCCUACUGGAUUCAGUGACAAAAUUCUCAGUGCUGGGAAUGGGGGCAGGGCCAGAGAUUUAUUUUGUAAUUCUUAGGGAAGUGUAAUUUCUCACAACGUGUACCUUCAGUGCUCCUACAUAAUGAUAGACAGUGGGUCUGAUCCUGCCCUGCUUGUCCAGGUAAAAUUCCUGUGGAGGCCCACUGGAAUUUUGUCACAGCAGAUGUUUUUGGAGACGAUCCUAUAGCCACGAGACUAACUUUUUCAAAAACUGCUUGUGGUUUUGGAUGCUUCAUUUUCUAAUGUGGGGCACUUCAAGGAGACCUGAUUUCCAGUACAAUAUUCUUCAUCUGACCUCUGAAAAUCAGGCCUCUUAAAAACAACUCCAGAUGAAAAUGUAAAAAGGGGAAGGCAUCCAAAGUCAGUAGAUGUUUCUUUGUUUCUUGCUUUUUGAUUCUUCUAACAGAGAAAGCAGCCAGAUUUUUCAUGGUGAGAUAUUAUGAACCUGAUUCUUGUCUUACACCAGUUUUGCUUAACUCACUCUACUGGAGUUAGUCUGGAAUUAUAACUACACAGGUGAGAUUAAAAAUCAGGUUUUAUAUUUUCUGAUAGUGUGAACAAGUACUGAAGAUUAUUUUGAAGUGUCUUUGAAACUAUCAGACUUUAAAAAUCAUUUAACAGCAACCAAAAAAAAAAGUAAAAAAAAAAAGUAAAAAAAAAAAAAGUAAAAAAAAAAAGUUAAAAAAAAAGGAAAGAGAAAACAACAAAAAGCCUCUUUUCAGUCUGAGGUGGUUUCUAUGAUAUUUCUGUUCUUUCUUGGAUGGUGCUUUUACUGCAUUAAUUGUUAAUUCAGAGCAUCCAAUUAAACACAGUUCCUGCUCUGUACUCUUUUCUUUCUGUGCCAGUAAAAAAGACACUUCUUCACAGUGGUGGUAAUAUGAGGCACACUGAAAACCUACACAAACAAAAAAUGCAAAAGGUAGUUCCCAUGUUAGGUCACUCAGCUGUCAGUAUGGAGCUGGUCAAUGAAACUUCUCACCACUGCCCAGGUGACUGUCAGACAAAAAAAAAAAAGACAAGUAGUAAAUAAACCAGGAGUAGUAAAAGACAGCCUCACCUCUUUGACACCUGCAGAAAUUUUGCUGGCCUCUGUAUCUGCUACAGAGGCAGAAAUUAAUAGAUUUCCAUAUGCUCCCUUUGCCUCCCCCUGGGGGCUUUUGGAUGGGAGAAGGACCAAACUCACCUAGAGAAGCUCUGCACAUUAUCCUUUGACUCAGGCUUAGGUGGUUAAGUUUUAUCAAAGAGGGGAAGGGCCACAGAGCCCCACAUUGCAACAAUAAGUCUGGUGGCUGUCUGUUAGAAACUAGCAGCCUGUGUUUUGGGGUUUUUUUGGUUGGGUUGUGGUUUUUGGGGAAGGGGAAUUCCAAUUUUUUUCUUUUUUUUCCCAGAUAUGCUAAACAUUUACAAACCUCAACAUUUCUUAAAACAAGACCCUGAGUUUUAGAGUCCAGAGUGGCCAAGUGAGACUGUCCUCAAGCAUAUUUUAGGACCCCAAAGCACUGCGACACAAAGGGUGAAGCCCUUUCUGCCUUGGAUCUACCUGUGAAUUACAUGGGAGCUGGGCACGCUUUGCAAUAGUUCUUGCACUCUGGGGCCUGCUCACCUCACCAGGAACACUCAGAAAAAACCUCCUAGCCAUCUCCUCCUGGCCUGGCCAUUCCUGUCAUUCCUCACCACUGCCUCUCUGGGUGUGAUGCCACCUUCACAGCCACCCUGGCCUCAUGGUGUCUUCACAGCCUGAUCUUUUUCCCCCUGCAGCUCCUCUUGCCAUAUGGACAUUUUUUCUCAAAAGCCUGCUGCUUGGGAAAUUUGAGGUGUCAUAUUACCCUAACCCAUUGUGUUCCUCCAUCCCUUCAGCCAUAUGCUCCCAUGUCAGACGACCUUCUGGUUCAGCACCGACUCAGCAGUUUGGGGAUGACUCCCUUAGCAUCCAGCUUUGGGAGAUGCUUGCUGACGCUGGGACCAGAACGUGUCUGAGACCACUGCACCAUCUGAGGCUCAACAUGGUGGGGAGAUGGUGGCACAUGAGAGUCCGGAAGCGGCCCUUUAGUGGUUAGAAGUAGAGCACAAGCCUUAAACCUUAAACCUCUCAAAUACCUACUGCUCAGUACUUGUAGCUAUCAUUGAGUGCCUAGGAAGGCCAGUCUUUUUUAUGUGUUCACAUUAACUCCAUGGUUAUCAGGCCCCGGUAGAUCCAGAAAAGCUAAAGGUUUGUCUGCAUGGGGGUUGUCUGCAUAGGGUUUGUCUUUACAGUUCAAAGGCAGUUCCACAUCUGAGGUCAGGAAAAACAUGAAAUAGGAGCAAAUGGGUCUGAAAUCACAGGGCCUUAUCUGAAACACGCUUACUCCAAUCAUUCUCCUCCACAAGGCAGCAGCCAUGCCUGGACAUCAUCUUGUCCCUUCUAGCCAUUAGCCUGCAGCCAAGUUACAGGGGAAUUCAGAUGCGUUAGCCUAGGCUGAUGAAUGUAAACUGUUUUUCCAGGGCUGCUUUGGGCUUUGAAGGGGUGGGUUUCCCCCUCACCCUUGGAUAGGAAGCUGCCUGUGGAAAUUCAAGCACAAUCAGGAGCAAAGGAAGAGGUCUGCUAUAUGACCAAGCAGAGAGAGAGUUUUGUAAGGAUCAUUAUGGGAUGGGUUUUUUUGUGUUGUUUUAAGCAAAAUCCGUCUGUUUAACUUAUGCCAUCACAUGUACAUUUUCAGUUUCAGCAUGAGGGGAUACAAAAAAGUAAAGUCAUAAACUGGUUCAGUGAUAGCAUUUUGCCACAACAAACUGCUCGCCUUAACUUUUGUAAGAAAAAAAACAAAGAAAAAAACCUCUUUUCAGUAUAUUUUUUCCUAGACUGGGAAAAAAGUAACCUAUGAAAUUUUUUAUAUUUUGUAUUUUCUAAGUUUCUAUAAACCCACUUUCCAUGUCGUCCCUUGUUUGCAUUCAGGGACUGUUACUUUUGCAAACCACUGCAUUUUACUUCCAUUCUUUCUUUUUUUUUAAACAGAAGAAAAACACAAAUCAAAAACCACAGUGCUAUGAUUAGUGGCUAGGCAAUCUCUUUCAAUUACUAGAAUAUCAAUACAGAAAGAAAAGAAUUACAGGGUUGUUUUCUUUUUUUAAUUUCCCAUGGCUGAUGUACUGUAUGAUAUGUGUUUACAGAACUCCUCUGGUCUGCCUUUGUGAUGUUAUCUAAAUGAAUGACAAAGUAGGUAUGAUGUGCCAUUUGACAGUUUGCCUUAGCACUCUUGCGUUUCCUUCUUCUUUUCGUAGCUUUCAUUUCCUUAUUUUUUUUUUCCAAAAAAUGCAGGCUGUAUUCCAAAGCUGUAUAAACACAACAUUAUCUUUCAAUCCCCAGCAAGAGAAGUGUGCACAAGCCCUUCUCCAUGAAGUGUGCUUCUACUGGUGCAAUACGAGACAUCAGUCCUGCAAACAAAAAUGCAUAUGCCUAAUUGUGCUGUGUGUUCAGUCAACAGGACUACUUGCAGGAAGAAUGUGUGUAGGUGUCUGCAAGAUCAGGGCAUGAAUGAUAACACAGGGUAUGAUUUGGGUGCUUCUUAUGUACCUGUACAGACUGCAUGCACUGCUGAGUUUGCCCAAGCUGGUGUAAUCCUAGAGGCUAACUCUGCUUCUUCUGAGAAAACACAAAACAAAAUGAUGCUUAGCAUCUGAUAGGAUCAGGUCCUGAGUCAGCAUUGCUACCACAUCAGUGGUAUCCAUGAGCAAACAUUUAGUGGGACUUCCCUAAUAGCUAAUAUAUUAGUCCCCUGUCACUGUACCUAAGUUCACUACUGAUUCUUCACACCUAAAAUUAUUAAGAUACCACAAACUUAUAUGAGCAGAAAGAUAGUAUAUAGAGUUGCCAGAGAAAUAAAAGGUGUUCUGGCUUUUAACUUAGUCAAACAUCCAAAUGGUAUACUUGGAAAGUAGGGGGGAUAUAAUAGAAAAUGUAGUAUAUUACAUUUGUGUAUUUUUUUAAGGAAUAAAUAUUUUUGUAAUGAGAGACAAACCCUAAAUGGGUAUUGAGUUUUGGAAUAUCAUCCUUCCCAUGACAUUGAGCCUUUCAACUUUUUCAUAUGUUUAUGACAAUGCCCAGCUUCUUGGGAUCUUUUGUAGACCUAACCACAAUUUUCUCCGGGAAGAAGGAUCUCAACACUUUUUGAAGAGUCAAGUUAGAACAGUAGAAUCCAAUAUACCUGCUAUGAACACAGCUAAAUAAGUAAAUGUGUUUUACAAAAAAAAGUAGACCUAUGCUUUCUAUAGCUAGACAAAUUUCUUUACCUAGAAAGUCAACAUGGUAGGCAAUAGCUACCUACUUUCAGCAGAGAGGUAUGGCUAAAUAGGGAACUAAUGUUUUCUAGCUCUGUCAUAAUUUAUUCAACAUUAGGUUUCAAAGUGCAAGAGAUUAUGCCACUGGAAAGGGUUGGACAAACUAAUCUGGACAAAGUAGAGGAUUUUCCCACAGGCUGAGACGUGGAUUCUUCAUUUUUUUCUGAACUCAUUAAGUUUCAACCAGUUCUUUCUGCCUAUUGGAAAGUUUAGAAUUUGCUCAGAUUGUGUUUCAUGAGCCUUCUCAGCAGCAAGAGUAAACUUUAGUUCUGAGCUUAAUAGUUGCAGACUAUGACAAUAUCCAACAAAAAUAUAGACUGUAAUUUUUGUAUGUAAAAGAGUAAGUUGUAUAAAAUGGCUGAAUUUAUUCAGCCAUGGAAUAUAAAUGGAUUGUCACCUAGUCCAAAAAGAGUAUAAAUCCAACUUGUAAUAUAAACUUAUAAUAACUUAGCUUGUAAAUAGUGACAAGGGUGCAUGAAGUUCUUAAAAAUGUUCCACUUGUAUUUAAAAUUUAACAAUUAUAAAAGUGAGCCUUUUUCCUCAUGGGUUCAAACAGUCUUGCAAAAUCUAUAGCUUUUUUCCUGUGGUGGUUCCACUUAGGCUGUCCAGUGGAUUAAGAACAGACCACUUUUCUUAAGGGCAAACUUGUGAAGAAUUCUGAGUCCCUUCCUUCGGUUCGCAAAUGCUUCUCUUAUUUUGUGGGGGUUUGCUGCUAUUGUAUUGCAAAGCUUUCCUGCAUUUGUUUCCCAAAUUCUUUUCAAAGGUGGAUUUAGGGAUUUGUUUUAAGAAUUUAUCUACUUCUGAAAUUGGAAAACAAACAAACAAACAAACAAUUAAUUUCUAGAAUUAGCUAAGUAACUCAUGUUCACCAGUUUGGGUAUAUUUGUGCAUUUUUAACUUGCUUUGGUAUGUUAGUGACUUUUAACAAAAUUUAGACCUUACAUAUCUAUUCAGCCUGUCUGCAAGAUAUAAAGACUUGCCCAUAAGCAUAACAUCAAGCACCCAAGUAGCCCUUUUUAAUUUAAUGGGAUGACCCAGACAAGUGAAAUUUAGGCACAUGCACAAAUGUGUAUAGGGUCUAGUCUUUAAGCAAUAUGCUACAGACAAGGCUUAUGCUGCUUUAACUGUGUCUUCUCAUUAGUUUAGUUAGAUAGAUUUUUUAAUGAUGUUGUAAAACUGGUGCACUUUUCUGCAGAGAGGGUUUUAGAGCAUGGUCUCCUUGCUGACUGUGUUUAACAGGAGACAAACAUCCUUCAGGAACUCUCAAAAACCCACUGCCUGGAGAUGGUGGGGGUGAACUUCAUACCCGCACACAAACAAACAUAAAAGAGACAGUGUAAGUUUUAUUUCCAAAUUUUUCCGUCUGCACACCUCUGCUCCAGACUGCCUGUCCCCUGUCUCUGUACUUGCUCUCAUUCUGGACACUGUUGCUCAACUGAUCCUUUUUUCCUUAUACCUCUGCUUAUCCUUUUGUGGUCUCCUAGAAAAAAGAGGGGGAAGAAAGUAGAGACUGAAGUUAAAAAACACCUUACGCCUAUUGGUGUGAGUCUCAAGAAAUGAUGGUAUUCUGUCCUCAGCAUUUGGAAAUUUUCCUGCAUUUUCCUAGAUUCUUAGGAUGUAUUUGAUAUUAAAGGAGCACUCUCCUAUCUAUUCAUCUGGCAUCCUAUGUGUUGCCCAAACAGUGAGUUCCAUUAAAAUCUCGCUAUUAAAGUAAAUCUGCUGUCUCUCUAACUAUUCCUUUGGGAACACACUAUCUCUAACUAUUCCUUUGGGAACACACUAAGUUUCUCAAACUCAUAUGAGCUCAAUAUGGUACAUAUCUAGCCUGCCAGAAGUCAGUUUGCACAGCAUCAGAAGGCAAGCCACUCUCCCAUAUGUCAGGUUGCUAUGGGCAGGGCAAAGGACCCAGGAGAAAAUGUGAACUUCCCCACAGACUGAUCCAGCAUGCAAAGGCAUUCUCAAUAAAAUUAGCUUCCAAGAAUCUACUGGUAUCCCUCCAGUAUAGAUAAUAUGCCAGUCAGAUCGUGGCAAACUCAAAAAUUAAGAAGGUUUUGUGCAACAAUAUGAAGUCCCAAUUGAAUGUGGAGCUUAAGCUCCACUAACACUAAGUACAUACUUGGAAGUGUAAUGCAUACUUAGCACUGUGCAGAUUAGGGAUAGCCUUGAGGAUGUGUGAAGAUCAGCCUGUAUUUAUGAUUAAGGUGCUUUAGUGAUGAUGGUCUCAAAUUUUGUCCCUGUUAUUUUGCAAGUAUGAAUGUAGGAACUGCUUAGGGGAAGAUACAGGAGAUGAAUCCAUUUGAAAGUUUUUGCUUUUCCUGUGACCACUGAAUCUGACUGCAGCAAAGGUAGCCAAGCAAGAACAGGCCAGGACAAAGGAAAAGAACACAUUUCUGAAGGUUUUCUUCCCCUCCCAACUACAUUCACUCCAUAGACAAAGAAUGACUCUUCAUAGGGGUUCAAGAAAAUGUUGUGUAAAAUGCAGCUUUUAUGGUGAAUGUAGAUUGUGGUUGAGAUUUUUUUUAAGCUUUAGUCUCCCACUUUCUUUGUGAGCUAAUGUAAAUAAAAUCCCAUUUUGUUGGGGAAAAACUGCUGUGCUAACACUGGAUUAGAAUUGCUGGGGAUAGCUGCUGUACUUUGUAACCUGAAGUGUACUUUUUGAUGGUUAUGUUUUUCUCUUCAGAUUAAAAAAAUGAGUACAAAAAAAAACCAAAAUAAAAAAACCAAGAACACUGCCAGCAACAGCCAUGCUGUAACUGUGGCUUCUCUCUUUUUUUUUCUCUGUACAGUAUUACUAGUAAAUAAAUCUGCCUUUUCACUGCGCCUA